UUGUGUGGAAAGUUGGUGGUCCAUAACAAACCAUAUACAAACCUACAAUAACACGAGGACGGCAUAUAAAACUCAGCGUGUACCAAUUUUCCGGGAAAUUAUCGUCGACAUCCAUAUUGGCGCAUCAGAUCAAUAAUGUUGAUUUUAUUCGUAACAAUUGCAGUUCUCGGGUUUAUUGAAACAGUCGAUGCGAACCCCGAGGCAGCUGCUUGUUCUCAAAUCCCUCCCCAUUCGUUGAUUUUCAAUUGCUGCCACCAUCAGAUUUUAUUGAGCGGUUUCGGGCCAGGAUGUAUCGAUUUAAUUGUAGCACAUUUACAACCAACCAAUCUUGCUCCAAUUUCAUUGUGUCUUGCUGAGUGUAUUUUCAGGCGGAGUGGCGUUUUGACCAGCAAUGAAUUUGUGUUUGACAAGGCCAAGGAGAAUGUUCAAACCAUCUUCAACCAAACGGAUACUGCCAUGUUUAUUCCAAUAUUGAGUAAUGGUCUGGAGAAAUGUUCUAAUAUCGUUAAGGAAAACAUGGAAACUCCAGUUGAAGUCUAUUUGCCUGAGGAUAUAUGUGAGCCAAUACCUGCUAUAAUAGCGCAAUGUACACUGGUGGAUUCAAUUUUAAAGUGCCCAAAAGGACAGUGGGAAGAUUCCGCCGCUUGCAAUGGUGUUCGCGAUUUUUUCACGAAUUGCAAACAUCCGUCGUUUAAAUUCUGA